AUGGAGAAUUGCGGCAGUGGAAUGUUUCCAUUGAUGGACGUUGACCAACCCAUUCCACAUGAGCCCAUGGCAGACAUAUAUUGGGCCCAAAUUGAACUACUAUCCACACCCUGGCAAGUGCUUGACGCCAAAAUCCGGUCCUGGUGGCCCUGGUGCAUUGCCCUCCGCCCAUACAUGUCCCCUAUAGAUCCAUUACAUUGUACACUGUACUAUGAUAGGUCAGGAGAUGUGUGUUACGAGGAAGCUUUUGGUAAAAUCUCAGGUCAAGAAUGGCUGUUAACAAACCCAUUUCUACUAAUAGGGCCUGAAGGGAUUGCUCUACAAACCAUUCUGGCUGACGAUCAACAACUUUGGUAUAAAAUCGAGUCACCUCCAGAUCCCUCCUUGCCCCCUUGUAGUCCCCAUAUCACUCUGGGUAUUGCUCCAUCUCACACCGCUAAGGACUUGGGUCCUAUGACCAAACGUGCCGUCUCUCUGACAGAUUGGCAGUCUACUUUCCACCCUGAAUUGGCUUUCUCUCCCUCGUCUGGCAUGUACCGCAUUUCUUUGUCAGAGCAACCUGUCCCUGCCAUCUUGCACCAUGAACUUUUACAAAGACACCAUGGUCGUGAAUAUACAGAUUCGGAAGGGGCAGGCCCAUUACUUGACUCAAUGCCUUCAUCCUUAUGGGCAACUUCACCAACGGAUGUUGGUUUCUGUUCUACCGUUGCUCCCAUUACAUUCGACAUAUCUGAAGGCUAUGUCCAUGUCCCUCAGUAUCACACCGAUCCUGUAGGCCGGAGGGGAAUCAAAGAAACUAUCGCUGGUUUGUUGCAGGCAGGUGUUCUAGAAGUAACCUCUGACCCAACCUGGAACACUCCUAUUCUGCCAGUCGAAAAGAAGGGGACCGGCAAAUAUCGUAUGGUACAUGACCUUAGGUUGAUUAACUCAAAAGUUCUCACCCCCAUUGCGCCGGUUCCUAACCCUCAUGCUGCAUUGGCAAUGCUCUCGCCCGAACACUCUUUCUUUACAGUUGUUGAUCUGGCAAACGCAUUUUUCUGCAUACCUCUGUCUCAGGCUAUGCGAUCUUUGUUUACUUUCACGUUCGAAGGAACCAGGUACACAUAUACCAGGUUACCACAAGGCUUUGUUCUCUCUCCGGGUAUCUUUAACUCGGUCUUAAGAGACUUGUUACAAACUCUGAACCUACCUGUGGGCACUCUCUUGGUCCAGUAUGUAGAUGACCUGCUCUUGGGGGCUCCCACGGAGCGAGUCUGUCUUGAGGCUACUAGCUUUUUACUGAAACACUUGCAUUCCUGCGGCUUCAAACUUUCACGUUCCAAACUACAGAUUUGCAGACCAGUUGUUACCUUUCUGGGCAGAGUACUAUCCACCAAUGGUACUGGACUUAGUUCUUCUCACAGAUCCACAAUUCUCCAUCACACCAAACCAGUUACAGUCAGAGACAUGUUGAGUUUUCUUGGAUUAGCUAACUAUUCCAGGCAUUACAUUCCAGAUUUUUGCGAUCAUUGUGCUCCAUUACGACAGAUGAUUAACGCACAGGGAGCGCGGAAUCUGACCGCGACUUUAGAAUGGACCUUAUCGGCGGAUACGGCUUUCAUUUCUCUCAAACAACUGCUGGCGGCAGCAGCAGACAUGUGUGUCCCCGAUUAUCGCAAGCCGUUUCACUUGGAUGUUUCUGAAAAAUCGCAGUCUGUCUCCGCCGUGCUUUUUCAGAAAAAAGGGGGAGGUACUGACCGAUUUGUAAAUAUGUACUGUUCAGUAACAUUGGACCCUUAUGAGGCCAAAAGCCCACCAUGUGCCAGAUAUGCCUCGGCACUAGCAAAAAUUUUGCAAAAAACCUCUCAUUUGACCAUGGGGCACCCUGUACAUAUCCUCACGUCACAUAGUGUGGUACAGUAUGUAACUAGUAAAUUGUUCACGAUGACAGCCAGUAGGCAAAGAAAGUUGGAAAGGGUUCUGACUGCACAAAAUUUGAUUUUCAAACAUGAAGGUGCAAACAUGGCAGAUGGUAUUGUAGAAGGUGAAACACAUGAAUGUGCACAGAGAGAUAAAGAAGCACAGACAGUUAGGUCACACUUAUACAUGGAACCAUUGACAAACCCAGACCUUGUACUGUUCACUGACGGAUGUUGUUUCAGACAGGGUGACGGACUGAAAUCCUCCUACGCGGUCAUACGACAGACAGACGGACAACAUACAACAGUAAAGACAGAAAUGAUCGACGGCAGACAAUCUGCCCAAAGAGCAGAAAUGAUCGCCAUGACAGAAGCACUUUUAUGUGCAACGGACUUGACUGUAAAUAUCUAUACUGACUCUGCUUACGUAGUAACAGCAGUUCACUACGGACUAGCAGAAUGGCAAAGGACUGGAUACGUGACUGCCUCGGGAACUCCAGUAAAAAACGCUGAUGAUGUAUUAAAAUUACAUCAGGCUUUGCACUGUCCUUUUAAAGUGGCAGUGAUCAAAUGCAAAGGGCAUGCAAUUGGAAAUGACCCGGUUGCAAGAGGCAACCGGGCAGCAGAUGAAGUUGCAAAGAAAAUGGCUGGUUAUGUGCCAAUGGACACUCAAAUGGUAGUAUUAAGUGAUAAUCAGGACAAUACUCCCAUCCCAGCCAAAUUGGACACCCAAACAAUGCUGAAAAUUCAAGCAGCAGCAAGCCCUGAGGAAAAAUCUAUGUGGAAACACAAGGGUGCUAUACAAACUGAAGAUGGCAUCUGGGGAAAAGGGGGACGCCCCAUACCUCCAGCUGCCAUGCUCAAGAGUUUGAUUGAAGAAGCACAUGGCCCCACACAUGUGGGAAAACAGGAAACCAUCAGACGAUUAAAAGCAUGGUGGCAUCCAUUUAUUCAGGAAAUGGUGGAAGACUAUGUGCAACAUUGUGAAGUGUGUAAUACAUGUACGGUGAGACCAACCCUGAAACCUGAAAAAGGGUGUAAUACAAGCCAAGUUUUCUUUCCAGGACAGGAAGUGACCAUCGACUACACAGACAUGCUGGUACCUGUGAAUGGGUACAGAUACCUGUUGGUUAUGGUUGACACUUACUCGGGAUGGCCAGAAGCAUACGCCUGUAGAAAGGAGGAUGCUUUAAGUGUAUGUAAACAUUUGGUGAAUCAUUUCAUUCCAACACAUGGUUUUCCCAAAUCCAUCAAGAGUGACAAUGGCACUCAUUUCAAAAACAAGGAUUUGGCGAAAGUUGAAAAAAUGUUGGGGCUCCAACAUAAGUUUGGUUCAGUUUACCACCCUCAGUCACAGGGUAAGGUGGAAAGAAUGAAUCGGACCGUAAAAGAUAAAUUGAACAAAAUCAUUGCAACAAAACAGACAAAUUGGCUGACGGCCCUCCCGAUGGCAUUGAUGUGUGUAAGAAUGUCUCUUAACCCUCGAGUUGGAUACUCGCCUUUUGAGCUCCAUACAGGUCGCUCUUUUCCCGGACCCAUGGGACCUUUGACACCAACAGAAGAUUUAGGUAAGAAACCGCACAUCUCAUAUAUGCCAAACGUUCAGUUCUUGGGUUCCAGAUUCUCCAGGCAGACCGCCAGAGACCCAGGGCAAGGACAACCGAUACACGUCACCCCUCGAGUGUACCUGAAGGUGCUGAAGAGAAAGUGGACUGAGCCACGGUGGACGGGACCGUUCACAGUGACUGAGAGGACCUCACAUGCAGUCCGGCUGGCCGGAAAAGGGGACAUCUGGUACCAUCUUUCCCAGUGCUCUCCAGACAAAGGCUCUUCACCCCCUCCUGAGGCGCCCGAUAGGGAGGCACCGAACGCAGGGUCAGAAUAAUACCCUCGGUGUCUAAUAGCCGGGUAGAACACCCAAGGCUAUCCAGAAACGCAUAACUGAUGAAGAACGAAACAUCGCUGUAA